GUACGGUACUAUAUCCGGACAUAAACCCCCGCUGUAUGAUAUACUGUAUUGUACGUACAGUACAGCGGGGAGGAAGUAUCAUAUGCCUUUUUUCCCCGGACUAUGAUAUAUUGCGAGUACUGUACUUGCACAAGUACUUUCAUCCAUAUCAAUCAACCAAAUUACGGAGAAUAUACAAUUGCCAUAAUAAAUCGGCCAAUCCCCACCACCACCACCACCACCACCACCACCUCAUCCCUCCCGGAUUUAGGAUAUCACCGCCCCGUCCUCCCGCUAUUUUUUAUUCUUUUCCCCUCCCUUUUUGCAUUGGUUCGCCUUACCAACAGCACUUCCAUACCGCGGCGGCGACGACGACGGCGCGCACGGGCGCUAAACAACUCAGCUCUUUUCCCAACCCCCCACGGGGAUCCAACCUGGCGUGGCGUGGCAUUUGGGUACGCGUCCAAGCUAAGGAAGUGAACUUCUCAAAUUGACUGGGUAUCAUAACUGGUUGGAGAUUCGAGGGGGGGGGGGGGGACGGGAUGAUUGUUUCGUUUACCCCACCGGCUGGGCGUGUCCCUAACCAUCAGAGCUAGCGUCAACAUCACAUCGCCGCUGCUGUGACGUUGAUGCCGCUGUGGGGGCUGCUGGCUGCUGGUUGUGGGGGAAAAGAGGGGUUUUCGCACGGGCGCUGUACAGUACUGUAGAUGGGUGAUGGUAAUGGCGACGGUGAUGGUGAUGACGAUGGGGUGGGGAUGCGGUGGCUAUGAUUCAUAGCAUCUGGUUUUCAUUCAUCCGUGGAUCGCGGUGAAGGCUUCGUUUUGAUGAGAGUAGUGGUGGGAUUUGAUGUACGGGGUUGCUGGGUAGAUUUGAGAUCUAAGAUAUAUAUUGUUAUGGUGUGACGUUGUGCUCGUGACUUUGGAGGAGUGGGUUGGUGCGGUCAUGGGGUAUCACCCGCGCUCUGAGUUGAUAUGAUCCUCUGCUAUGAUACAAAGUAGCGCGGUUGUAUGA